AUGUUCUUCCGCCAUGGAAGCGCUGGCGAAGGAGUAGCAGAGCAAGACUGGGCGCCUCAACAAGAUGACCACCAUCCAACGCUAACGCCCCUAGAUUCAUCGACGGUGAAUUUCGCUCCUCGAGGACCCCCUACAUUUCAAGAUCGAAUACGAAAUAAACUACCUGCGCCGUUACAACUGAAGCCCAUGGGUCGUCAAGAAACUGUGAACAAGAUUCACAACAUCUGCAAAGUGGCAGUCAGCACGAAAAUAGGAAAAAGCGAGAACGAGCGUUUUCUUGAACAAUUUGGAUAUACCAUCGUUGCGUCCCAGCUCCUCAACGAGCAAAGCCCCCCCUCGUACAGCACCGUAACGGGGUUGCUAUCAAAUACAGCUCAUAAUGCAGACUUAUCAGGCACACGAGCAGCCAGUUUUGGUAUACGAGGGGCGAUAUUCACAGCUGGGGCAUCGUUUUCGGUGGUCUGGAUACUCCACUGGGCCAGGUCACGUCAAGGGUCCGGUUGGGAUUUCCGGCGGAUCUGCAUCCUUAUCACUCUUCUACUGGCAGUCGCAACCGCAUUCUACGCAUUCGCUAAACGCCAGUGGCUGAAAUACCUUCGUCGCCAGGCGGUGGAUAUUGCUUCUGUACUCGUCGCCAAUGCGCAGUCUUUCGACUCUGCAGCUUCAGCUUCGGUUGUUUUGAUACAGGAGGUGGAACUAGUUUCCAGAGGAUAUAGAAUAAGCACUCCUAUGCCCCCAAUAACCCGUUUGGAGGAGCAAACACAAACACGACGUUGUUUAAGACUUCGGCGUAUUCUUUCAGAGUGUCUUACGGAGAUGCUAGAGAGAUACUUGGAAGCGAAAAGACAUCUACAAUUACUUACAGACACUGCUAAUUUGGAAAAAUAUUUCGAUAUUUAUGAUUUCUCACUAGAGGAACUAGACGAACCUAAACCAUCGGCUGACAAUGCGCUGGAAGACAAAACGUCAUUGCGAUCCCUAAGACAUCUAUUUUCUAGAGCUUACGCAGCCAGAAAGGCUACGCUAUGCUGUCUGCUAGCUCUACCGGCGGAUGGUGGGGAGGUUGAUAUUGGAAAUUGGAGCACUGCUAUUGAGGAGAUGCAACGUCUCGCUGCUACAAAUGGAACUUGCGUGCAGAAGCUGGCAGCCAUACUUAACGAGCAAGAUCACAUUAUUAUUCCACCAUCCCCUCAAUCCAAGCUCAGCCCCAAUAAGGAUCGUCAUCGCGCACAACUAAGACGACUCAAUUCUCUAUCUCAAGGAAUCCGUGGACUGCAUGCUAAAAUGCAGCUCAUCCGCGAAGAAUCAGAUGCCAGCCUUGAACGAGCAACCGAUGAUGCAGAUUUCGGCACGACCUUAACAACCCUCUACCAAUCUAUCGGCGCAGACCUAAGAGGGAUACUACAAGAGUGGGAAGCCGGCAAAUCUUCAUUAUUAGCCACUUUAGAAAACCCAGAUCGUCUCUCACGACCCACUAGUCUACUCAGGUCGCCGGCAUCGCCGACAUUUAGCUUAGGUGGCGCGACUGCGGUUGAGGGUGGUCCAGCGGAGGCGCUUCGGGCAUUGAAUGGCGAAGACCAGCACCUCACAGCCCCAGACAACAACAUGGAUGAGCAUGAAGUUUUUGAAGCCAUUGCCCUACCCCGGAAGCGAAACUCCAUGACACGAGAUGAAAGAAUAGCCCGGAUGAAAGAAGAACGGGCUAGACAAGCCGUGGCGAGAGAGAAAUCGGACGCAAAUACACACAUGUUAAGAGAGCUGGAGACAGUUAUCAAGUUGCGAAAUACGCUAACGCGAAAUUGGCGAAAUUACGUGAUGCUCAAUCCACGCGAUGCGUGUCUGCACGCGACGGACACUUCCAGAUUCCUCCAACUCAAACCCACUUUGACAUUUCUCAAAGCUGCCCGACACUCACUGCGUCCGAUUCACACACAUUUGUACCAGUUGUUGGAAGCGCGGCUAGAACAAGCCAGCUUGUUGAAGAAGGUCGUUGAUGCCAUCAAGGACCUGGUCCAGGACUGCAACUUCGACUGUAAUGACUCUGGAAUCGCCCUGCAAGCCAUGGACAACUCACACGUGGCCCUGGUCUCUAUGAUACUGAAAGCAGAGGGCUUUUCCCCGUAUCGCUGUGACCGCAACGUCGCGCUGGGCAUUAACCUGGUCUCCCUUACGAAAGUACUGCGGGCUGCACAAAACGAAGACAUUCUGACUUUAAAGGCGGAAGAUUCCCCCGACGUCAUUAACCUGGUCUUUGAGAGCGCGGAAACGGACCGGCUGAGCGAGUAUGAUAUCAAGCUUAUGGACAUCGACCAGGAGCACCUGGCUAUUCCGGAAACGGAGUAUGCGGCUACUGUUGAGAUGCCAUCAACGGAGUUCAGGAGGAUCUGUACGGAUUUGGGAAAUUUAUCGGAGUCAGUAAUGAUCGAAGCCAACAAAGAUGGCGUCAAAUUCUCCUGCCAGGGUGAGAUUGGUAACGGAGCCAUCACCCUCCGCCAACACACAAAUGUGGACAAGCCAGACCAAAACGUCUCUAUCGACCUCUCCGAACCCGUCGCUCUCACCUUCUCCCUUAAAUACCUUAACAAUUUCUGCAAGGCCACAGGCCUGUCGACGUCUGUUCGUCUGUGCCUCUCACAGGAGGUGCCGCUGCUAGUUGAAUACGGAUUGGGCAGUGGUCAUCUGAGAUUCUUCCUUGCACCAAAGAUCGGAGACGAAGAGUGAAAUGGAAAAUGGGGAAGGAAUUAAAAAAUAAAAUAAUAAAAAAUAACAAGCUAAAAAAAAAAAAA